AUGGUUUUGUUACCUUUAAAGAAAGAUUUGGUUCCGUUUUUGGAGCCAUACUUGCCAGACGAAGAGCGUGAUGCUGACAAAGAGAAGCCGUAUGUGAUUCUAACGUAUGCGCAGUCGUUGGACUCGCGUAUUGCUAAGAUCAAGGGUACAAGAACGUUUAUCUCGCACGAGGAAACCAAGACUAUGACGCACUACUUGCGUUACAAGUUCGAUGCGAUCAUGUUGGGUUGCGGUACGGUGUUGGUUGACGACCCCGGGUUGAACUGUAAGUGGUGGCCUGAGGACGAAAAGCCGGAGCACUUGGCUGGGAUUUCGCCCAGACCGAUCAUUUUGGACCCCAAUUGCAAGUGGAAGUUUGCGGACUCGAAGAUGAAGAAAUUGUACGAGGCUGGCGACGGGAAGGCUCCGAUCAUCGUGGUGAAGGAGCUUCCGAGCGAACCUGAAGAAGGUGUGGAUUACUUGGUUAUGCGCACCAACUUCACGGGUAAGAUGGACUGGUCUGAUAUGCUCGUGCAGCUCAAGUCCAAGUUCAAUGUGAAGUCUGUCAUGGUCGAAGGUGGUGGGAUUGUUAUCAACGACUUGCUACAAAGACCAAACCUUGUUGACGCUUUGAUCAUCACCUUGGGUGCUACCUUCUUGGGUAGUGAGGGUGUCGAAGUGUCGCCAUUGGUCGAGAUCAAGUUGAAGGACGUCUCGUGGUGGACCGGCGAUUUGGAUACCGUCUUGUGCUCCCGUUUGGUUACCCACUAG